AUUUGAACAUGGCCUGUGGAGCUAGACGCAGCCAGGAGCACGCUGCCGCCACAGCAUCAACACCAUCAGCAUCAGUGCCCAUCUGUUUUCUUUUGCUCCAGCGCCGUCGACCUUGCUCACGAGGAUUCCCUUGCCUCAGGCUUCUCCGCAUUCGUCGCCACACCGAGCCCAAUUCGACUUCGCAGCGCGGCACUGUUGAGCCCGAUCCCAAUUCGGGGAGGCCCCUCUGCUCAUCCACACGCACGCAGAAGCUUGCCAACCAUGGGAAUGGGGAUGGCGGAUGGUGGAUGUGGAUGUGGAUUGGGAUGGAGAUGCGGAUGGCCGUGGAUGGUCCGUGGGACGUGCUGCGUCGAUGGAGUCUCCGUCACGGCAACUGUGGCUGCUGUCACUUCCUGUGGCCGAUGCCAGGCAUCCUGAACCAACAAAGUUCCUCGAGCGAUUCAUCUCCGGAGCCUAGCCAAGGGGAAUGCUUCCUAGCCGCCUCUUGUCUGCAACGGCCUCGUCCCCGUUGUAAUCACACCAGCCUGGCUAUAAUGGGGAAUAUUAUCAGAUAUCCUCCCGCGUUAUUCCCCCGCAGGGAUCUAAGGAGGAGGGAGGCGCACACACGCGUGCUCCCUGAUUGAACAAGGCCCUUGUCGCGAG